AACAGCGCGAUAGCGUUACGCAAUCUGACACACUCUGGAGAUUUCCUUCGCUCGCAGAAUCGCGUCGAAAUCGUCCAGAGUUUCACCCGCGGUUAUUUUCGGUACCGAUGUCCAUGGUCCGCGCUUUUCGUAAACUAUCGCAGUGGAAAUGGGAACGCAAUGGUCAGACGCAGCGUUUCCUGGAAACUCCUGUUCGUUGAUGAUCUCACGGAUCGUGUCCCUCUUUCUCGCAAAGCUUGUUACCAUCGUGUGUCUCGUUAACACAAAAAACCGAGAGGAGUCCUUUUCAUACCCCAUCGACCGACGCCCAACAAUGAGGAUUAAUUUUCAUCCGAUCCUAUAACGCCUGGUUGUUUUUUUUCUCUCCAGCAACAGAGAAACGUUGUCAUGGAACUUGUCACGUUUCUUUUCCAAGAAAGUAGACAGAGAAAAGAGGGUGGAGUACCGGGUGGCUCGGCACGCUAAUCGUUGCUUCAUACAAUUUUUCUCCCUUUUGAUCCGACCCCAGGGACACUGGUGUGCCACUGUGUCCCUGCUAUUUUCGUCCUCCUCCUCGUCGUAGUCGUCGCAUUGUCGGCUGACAAAGAAGAGAGAAGGGCGUGCGGGCACACGCGCCACCCGUGUUUCGCUCUCGUUUUCCGUGCCGAGAUUUCAGGUCAGAACGGUAACGAUCUUGAUCGGCUUCGACAGCUGCUAAUACGGCACGAGGAGAGGAACCCUUCUGGGAGGAUUCGAACGACCGCUUGAUUGCGCGCGAAUGCGCCGCGAUUUCCUGAUUGAGAGAGGAGCGAAGGGGUGACGCGUACUUGCACGAAGAAACGAGAAGAGCAAAAGGGAAAAGGAUGCUUGUGCGACGAAUGGAAAAGCGGACGAAGGAGACUCGAGGAGAUGCUUUCUCUCCCUUUUUCUCGUUCCCACCCCGCGGGUAUCGACAGGUUCAAAGGGAUCCAUCCCCUGGCUGGAUUUCCUCGCUCGAAGUACGUGCGAGGCGAGCUUUCGGGUAAUUUCUCACUCGUGCAGGUCACGUCUUUUGUAGCGCGGGGGCGUGUAUGUACCGUCAGCAUAGCGCACACACGGUAUCUGGCUUGGCUACCGAGCUGAUUCCGCCAUCCUCUGCCACCCUUCGCGUAUUGCGGCCCGGGUCGGAGGUAUCUCAUAAAUACGAUAGGAACGAAGCUUUUCGAGGACCAGUAAUAUACGUGUUCCCUUUCCCGUGAUUCUAUUCGCGAGGAGGAUUUUCGACGAAGCUUCGACUCCUUGUAUUCUCACUGACCCCUGAAAUCUCUCUCGUCAGCCGAGCAAAUUGUUUUUUCUUCGAUUCGCUGACCCGUCGCGGGCGACCACCCCGUUUCAAGCUUUUUUCCCCCAGUUUUCUCGCCGGUCGAAUUCAUUUCGACGAGGAAAAAAUUCUGUAAAACGAUACGAGUGCGGUUAUUACUUGAGAAUUAUUUCCCAAUUGCCGUCUGUCGAUAAACGCCUGACCGCAUAAUUAUUCUUAAUUACGGAAAAUUUAAGCCAGUUCUUAUUUGUUACACGAUUGGACCAAGCAGGAAAACGCGUUGUAUGCGACAUUUGGCCCACGUCAUUGUUUCCCUCGCUCCUUCGCUUCACCUUACGUGUCAAUAUUAAUCAAGCGAAUGUUCAGUCAUAUUGGCCAGGCGAUAGGAGGAAAAAUCACGCGGCUUAUGUAAGCAGGGAAUGCUGGAGCGUUAUUUAGUGGCUGUAAAGUCUUGUUGAACAGUCGAAUCGAAUCGUUCAGGACCUAAGGCUCGCUGCUAACAGCAGGAAAAAUUGCAAGAUUUUUCAUGGGACCUGGCAAAUCGUGAAUAGAGAAGAUAUUUGGUAGAGGAAUUUUGUGCAAAAAUUAUCGAUUUGAAAAGCUGCGAGACAAACCAGUUUACACUUAUUUUCGGAUCGCGUUAUAGAAGGAAGGAUCGAUUCGACGUGAGAAACAAACGAACGGAAUUUUGAAUCGACAGCAAGAUUUUCGAAGAAUGGCAGACGACAAAGAAGACUUCAAGAAGCUCUUCAGGAGAAGGCUUCCUCAGUACAUGGCUUCGACAGCAGCGUGCUUGGGUGGAUUCUCGUUGGGAACCAGUCUAGGAUGGAGCGCGCCUUGCGUGGAAAUAUUGAAGAGCAAGUACGAUUACAGCGUGUUCUCGACCAACGUGGUCGCGUCCGUGCUUCCACUGGGCGCAGCAUUGGGCAUGAUCGUGGUGCCUUUCUUGAUCGACAAGAUCGGCCGAAAAUGGACGAUGAUGGCGCUCGUACCACCGAUGCUCCUCGGUUGGCUCCUCAUCAUUUCCGCCGUGUCCGUUGUAGGCUUGGUGGUCACUGGCAGAUUUUUAAUCGGCGCCUGCGGGGGUAUGUGCUGCGUUGCGGCGCCGAUGUACACCGCUGAGAUCUGCGAGAAGCAGAUCAGAGGCACUCUGGGCGUGUUCUUUCAAUUGUUGCUCGUAAUCGGGAUUUUGUACGCUUACUGCUGCGGCUACAGUAGGAGCGUGAUCUGGACGUCGGCGUUGUGCGGCGGGACGCCCAUUCUGUUCGCCUGUGCCAUGAUUUUCAUGCCGGAGAGUCCGCUUUACCAUUUGUCGAAGAACGACGAGGAUUCCGCGAGGAAGUGUAUGCGAUUCCUCCGUGGACCGGACACAAAUUUCGAGUCAGAGAUCGACGCUUUCAAAGAACAGGUAGAACGUAGCCACAAGCAGAAGGUGAAACUGUCGGUGUUCCUGAAGAAACCUGUGCUAAAAACCCUGGGACUCGCGUACGGGAUGAUGUUCGCGCAACAGUUCAGCGGAAUUAACGCGGUGAUUUUCUACGGGGAGACGAUAUUCAAGCAGACCGGCGUCGAGAUGGAUUCUCUGCUUCAGGUGGUCAUCUUCGCGGUGGUCCAAGUUUUCGCCUGCGUUGUCUCGGCCCUGUUGGUCGACAAGCUGGGUCGAAAGUUCCUAAUGAUGUUAUCCAUGGGCGCGAUGUCCCUCUGCUUGCUGGCCCUCGGCGUCUUCUUCCUGGUGAAGAACAAACAGCCCGACAAGGUUUCUCACAUCUCUUGGUUGCCACUCACGUCCGCCUGUCUCUACAUCCUGACCUUCUGUCUUGGCGCCGGUCCCAUACCGUGGGCCUACAUGGGCGAGAUCUUCCCCGCGAAGCUGAAGGGUGUAGCUUCCUCUAGCGCGGCUUUCUUCAAUUGGAUACUAGCUUUCACGGUAACGGUGUCGUUCUCUACUGUGACCGACACGAUCGGAAACGCGCCCACGUUCUUCAUCUUCUCCAUAAUUUGUAUGCUGAGCGUGGUCUUUCUGAUGUUCUUCAUGGUCGAGACCAAGGGGAAGACUUUCGCUGAGAUUCAGCAGGAAUUUGGCACGUUCGAUGUGGAGGACUGACUACAGGAGGUUCUAAAUGAAUCCAAGGAGAAGAGGGAAAACUCUUUCAUUUCCGAGGAAGAAAUGGAUAGCUUUGUAAUUCAAUUUAUCCGUAACAUAAAUGUUAUCGUAACUCGAGGGAAACGAACGCGACUCUAUUAAUACUAUAGAAAAUAAUGAA